GUCCCCGCCAUGGUCCGGUCGGUGUCUCAGAGCAAGGUCCUGGCCAUGAGGCAGCAGUGUCAGCUGGUCUGGGAGUCCUACUUCUCUUCUGUCGACAAGAUCAUCAACACAGUCCUAGAGGUUGUGAAGAACCGCGUGCACAAACACCAGAUCCGACCCUCCUACCACUGGAACACGGUGCCGGGCGCCCAUGUGGUGCUGCCCGAGUGGUCCGACACCCCCAACCACUUCCCCUUCUACUACGGCCCGCUGGGGGAGCGAGCCACGGACAAGUUCACCGCGGUUAUCUACGCUACCAGCCCGGUCACCGCUUCCUCGCCGCUCUUCCGAGUUUUGCACACGGUGGCCAAGUCCAAGUUUUGUCAUAAGGUUGUGGUCUUGUGGCACUGUGACGUCCCCCCGCCCCCCUCACACCGCUGGCCGGCUGACCUGGGGGUACCUGUCAGGGUCAAGGUCAGGGACAUCAAGUCUGUGAAUGCCCGGUUCUUCCCCUAUGCUGAGAUAGAGACAGAUGCGGUGUUCAACCUGGAUGAAGAUGUCAUACUCACUACAGACGAGGUGGACUUUGCCUUCGGCGUGUGGCUGGAGUUCCCGGAGCGCCUGGUUGGCUACCCAUCACGCAGCCACUACUGGGAGGAGGCGCUGGGCAAGUGGCGCUACUCGUCGCGAUGGACCAAUGACUACUCCAUGGUGCUCACGUCGGCCGCUUUCUACCACAGCUGACCCAGCGCAAGCAGCACAAGGAGACAGCGGCCAGCGGCUCUCAGCGCACCGUUCUCUCGGAGCAGCAGCACUUCCAGCAGCGGCAGGAAUGCAUGGACGAGUUCGUCGAGCACUUCGGCUACAUGCCUCUGCUGCACUCUGUCGUUCGCCUGGACACCAUGCUGUUCAAGGACCCCGUCUCCAACAUGAGGAAGAAGUACCGGCAGAUUGAGCUGGUGCAGUCUUGACGGCAGUCUGCGCUCUAGGCUUGUUGUUGUUGCUGUUGUUGUUGCUGUUGGUGAUGAUGAUGUUGUUGAUGAUGAUGAUGAUUAGGAUGAUGAUUAGGAUGAUGGUGAGGGUGGGGAUGUACUUUUUUUUUAGGUGGUGUGGUGGAUGGUGGUUGAUGAUGAUGGUGAUGUGGUGAUGAUGAUGAUGAUGAUGAUGGUUGCGUACUUGUUUAGCUGAGGUGUGGAGGAUGGUGGUUGAUGGUGGUGAUGAGAUGAUGGUGAUGUUGAUGAUGAUGGGUGGGUGAAUGUGCUUUGAUGUGUGUGAAAUGGUUUUGUCAGUCAAAGUCGUUAUUUUUCGUUGUCGUUGUUGUUGUCAUUGUUGUCGUUGUUGAUGUUGACAGUGAGAAUGCUGCCCUAGUUUUUUUGUUGCUAAAAAACGCUGAAUGAUGAUAGAUCUAGGUGGUGGUGAUGGUGAUGAUGGUGAAGACAGCGAUGAUGAUGAUGAUGAUAAUGGUGAUGAUUGUUGGAUGGAUGUGUGAGGUGAUAAUCUUUGGCUUUUGAACAAUUGCUGUUGAUGACCAUCCUGAUGAUGGUGGUAUGAAUGAUUGAGCUUCUUUUUGUCUGUUAUAAUAUGAUGAAUAUAUAUAUUAUAAUGAUGAUGAUGAUGAUGAUGUUGAUUAUGAUAAUGAAAUUCUUGUUUUACGUCUUUAUGGAUGCGAGUCCUUUUCUUUUUCUUGGUGGGCAAAUGCUUUUGUUGUUGAACAAUGAUGGUGUAAAAUAUUAGUGCCCAUGAUUUUCUCAUGACUGUCUUCUCAUCUUACAGCAAUGUGGAGUGUGUGGUUUUGAUUGUAUAGGAUUGAUCAAUCAUGAUUGAUUGCUUUGUAGGCCUAUUUGUCUGGC